GCUGCGCCAGUCUAUAAUCGAAUACAAGCGGUAGCGGAGCUCGACUCGCCACACAGCACCAGCAUAAAAUAUAAAAUAAUAUAUGUAUAAGUGCUGUAAAGCGGAGUCUGAUCUUCUGUCAUAAAGCAUUAAAUGGAUUUAUAAAAUCAUGAGUUCCCUUCAGCAAACUGGUCGCUUCCUUCCCUUCGCCAAUAGCAACAUACAAAGAAAACAGAUUUCCAGCCAAGCAGGCUUACCGCAAAGUCUAAGCGACAGCGACACUGACGUCUCCACGUCCAAUGAAAACCUUAGUAACGAGGAGCGAUAUGUCAUCAGGCACACGGCGCGACAAGAGCCACAAGGACAAGAAAAUCAGCAACACAGUCCUUCAAGGUCUUCCAGUCACAAAGAAAACAUACCAAACAUUCAGGCUAAUCUUCUGAAUAGAAAUAGUCUCAAAGACAGCUUAAAUGGAUCCAAUAGAAACAGUUUAAAAGAAAGUUUAAACGGUUCAAAUCGCAAUAGUUUAAAAGACAGUAUCAGCGGUUCAAAUAGAAACAGUUUAAAAGAUAAUCUGAGCAAUCGGAACAGUAUUGGAUCAAACAGAAGUAGCCUGGAUGUGUCAACUAGUUCAUACAAUACGUUAAUUAUUCACAAUGCUAACGAAGAAAAUCCAUGGACGCCGUCGUCAAGGUUAUCCGGGGUGGUGAGGGAACACAAUGAUAAUAUGACUUACAUAUUCUGCGAAGGCGCUGGUAAGCAGUCGCUGUCGAAUUUACCGCACGACGAUCAUAUUUACGAAAAUACCGGUCACGGUGGAUGCCAAGAAAUUACGGAUAUACCCGAUGAUUAUUUAAAUCAGUCGCAUGUUCUGAAGCAUCUUGCGAAAGAAGUCAGAGUUCCCUCGUAUUCGAAGCUCACGACCAAUGACGGAAAUUUUGAUGUCAAAAGUGAUCGAAGCAAAGAUUACGAGGAUCAAAACCAAUCUAAAUAUACUUCGACGAUGUUGCCAGUUAAAAGCAAAUUUCGACUCCCAGGACCCAUGGAAAAACUCACUCUUUCUAGGUCACAGCCAGAUUUAUCUAGAAUAAACAAAUCCGACAUAGAUACCUACGAUCCGAGAACAACGUCCCCGAGACCACAAACGAAAGGAAGAGAAGAAUUCGAAUCUGCGGCCGCCGAAGUGUGGCCUACGUCGGAAAUGGUUCAAAUUCUCAUACAGGAAAAUAGUGCCUUGAAACUCGAGCUCGAACGCUGCUUUAAAAAAGUAUCGAAAUCGCAGCAACUCGAACAAGAAAUCGCAAAAGUGCAUCGAGCACACGAAGAACUGGUAGCCUCUUGCGAAAGGCGAGAAAAAUUGGAGAGAGCCGCAAGAAUAAGACUUCAAAGCGAUUGUCGACGCAUGACUGAGCUGAAUCGAGCGCUCAGAGAUCAAAUUGAUUUACUAUCCUCUAGGACGGAAAGCCCCUUAUCAUUAGAAUCGAUGAGGAAAGAGUUGACGCAGAAGGAAUUAUUUAUUGGACAGCUUAUUACACAGACUAAAGAAUUAGCAGCAGCCAAAGAAAGACAAGAGAUUGAACUAGCCGCGCAACGAGCCACUCUUCAAGAGCAACGAACGCACAUAGAUAUUCUUGACACUGCAUUAACCAACGCUCAGAGCAAUGUAGUUCGUCUCGAGGAAGAGAACCGCAAAAAACAGGUUUACGUCGAUCGAGUGGGUCAGCUUCAACGCGCUCUCAGUUCGCUCCAAGCUUCCAGCGAUAGACGAGAAGAAACUGAGCGACAGUUGCGUGGACAGCUGGAACGCGAAUUGAGGGAAGGUGGUGGACACACUUCUACUAUAUACGGUAACGCAGACGGAGAAAAUAUUUCUGAGCUGAAGCGUAAACUUCGCGAAAGGGACGAAAAAAUAAUGUCUCUUGAAGGCGACGUAGCUAAAUGGGAGCAAAGGUACCUCGAAGAAAGUGCUCUCAGGCAAGCUGCCAUCGAUGCUGCUAGUCUUCCCAAAGAUGCAAAAAUAGCUGCACUUGAAAAAACGAGUCAAGACGCAGAAAAAAUGAUCGCCGAAGCACGAUCAGAAAAGAUGCGUCACAUGGACGAGGUGCACGCUGCACAAAAGAAACUUGCCGAUCUUGAAUCAAGAAUGAAAGAUCUCGAAUCAAAGUUAGCCGAAAGAGAUGCCAUGAUACGAGUAUUGCAAAAACAUACGUACGAUAAGGAGAGCAGUGCGAGCAGUAGUUAUCCUCCAGCACACUCUUCUCAUUCCAGCACAUCGGCGGAUCACCAUACAGCUUUAACAAGCACUCCUGAACUAGUAAGCAGCGUUUUGGGCACUGGCAGUGCAUAUGUAAGCUCAGGAUCUUAUGCUGUUUCGGAGAGCUAUAAAUAUAGAAAGCAAGGCAGCUUCGAACAAACCAAUAAAAGUCUCGAUGAUCAGCUUAAAGAGCUUGAUUCGCAGAUACUCAGCAAGCGUGCACUAUGCUGUUUUCCAGGAUUCUCUAAUCCAGGCGCUACGUCGCGAAAAGGAAAAAUACCCAAGCCACUAUUGGCGAGUGUAGUCGAUUCCAACAACGGCGGCAGCGGCGGAAGCGGCAGCAGCACGACCUCCUCCAAGUCGCGCCUGCUGCAGCACGACGACAACAGCCACCACCACCACUUGCAUCAUCAUCACCACCAGAUGCUCGGCUCGAGCGAGUCGACGGGGUUGCUCGACUUUGCCACGUCGCGAUUCAAAAGUCGCUUCUCCGACGGCAACAAGCCCGAGGACAUGAUGCUGCUGGAAAAGCAGGGGCGCAGCUCGCAGCGCCAGCGCAUGCAGGAGCCGUCGUCGGCCGAGGCGAGCCAGGAGCAGCAGCGGCGAGCCGGCAGCCUGCCGCCCUCGUCGCUGCCGAGGCCUCCCAAGUCCAGCCUGAAGCACCACUCGAACACGCGCUACGCGAGACUGAGCGACUCCGAGACCAGAAAGAAGACGACGAGCGAUCCGCGGGACUCGGGCAAUUGCACGCUCGAGUUCGGCCGUUUCGACACCAACAAGGUGCUGCGUCGCAAGAAGUCCAGCGAGAGCAUCAUGAAGAAGACGCUGGAGUACGAGCGGCUGACGGAGAAGCACCACCACUGCAGCAGCCGAGACGCCCAGGCGAGGUCUCUCAUACCGCCGCCGCCCUCGUCGAGGCGAAUGAUGGACUACGGCCGGCUGAGCGACGGCGACGCGAAGCAGCCGAGAAAGUCGCAAGAGUCGUCCAUCGGCUCGUCGCGUGGUCAGAGCACCGGUAGUAUUAUGAGUACCAAAAGCGACACCAACUCGACUCUGAGCACGUGCAUGUUGAAGCCUGGAACCAGGUCCAUACCCAGACCCAGCAACUACAGAAUUCAGUUUUGAGCGAUCGCGCUCAAAAAGUCGAGAAGUAGUUUUAUCUAUGUUAUACACUAGUCAUUACCAAAGCGCACAUGUGUAUUUGUCCUUCUUUGUCGAUUAUUUUCCUUGUACAUGCGUACAGACUACGCACUCGAUUGGAACAAGAAUGAUACGCGUUUGAUAUCGAUUUUUUUAUUAUUCCACGCGACAAUGAUUUGUUAUACACCAAUGAAAAAAGUACAAAUGUAACUUUUAUUUCGGAAUUUUCCCCGUUUAGAACUGAUUCGAAUGGAUAUUUAAUUUCUGGAACAAUAAAAAAUUCCAUGUCGAGCGUAUUAUCAUUUUUAAACUCAUAACGUUGUUAAAUUCUGAAUUUUCGCUUUAAUGAGAACCGAAACUUGAAGUGUAAUCGACACUUGUCAAUUAUACUGUGUCUUUAAACGUAUACAUUUUAUGAAAAAGUACACAAAUUGAUGUUGCCUAAUAUAUUUAAUUACUUAUAAUGACGUGCAUGUCAAAUCAACGCAAAUAUUUACAUGUUUCACAUCAAAGAUAUUUUUUUUUUUACACUCCUCACGAAGUCACGAGUGUAUACUAUCUGAAACCAUAACAUUAUAACUCGAGUGAUUGGAAACUUGAGUCAAGUGUAAAAAUGACGCAUCGAACCAAGAUGUGUGUAAGCAUUGAUAAAUGAGAAAAAUCUGCGACAAGUCCCAGUAAUUGACAAUUGUGCUCGCGUAUAAAUUCAUAUACGAGAGACAAAAAACGAUUAUCGUUACUAAUAUUUAUUAUGAGAGUAUAGUUAUAUAAUUUAUUUGUAGAAUCGAAACAGUCGUAAGUGUUAUAAUUUCGUUGGCUUAAUCUAUAAACAAGAAAAGCUUUAUUUCGUUGUAAUGAAUGUCAUAAUGUGCCGUAAUGAAUAUUUUUUAAUAUUCACCUAUUUCCAUAAGUUAUGAAAUUGAAUGGAUUUUGGAGCAGCGAGAAUGUAAAAACCUUGAUGGUUUUUUGUCAUUUAUAAUGCUGUUUUCAUAAUAUUGCGCACUAGGUGAUGCAUCAUUGAUAGUCUUGCAUUUUAAAUAAUUACAGCUGCCAAAAAAUUUCUAAAUCAAUUUUAUACAAACUAUAUGAUCUGUGUGCAUAAUAAGAAUUUUCAUUAAUACAGCUUUAUGUUGGUUGUGUUGUAACAGCUGACCAAAAGUAUUAGCAGCUUUUAUUCGUUUUUGAUUUGUAUUGAUAAAAACAUUUGAAAAUGUGCAUUUGUAGAUCUGUAUUAGUUUUUACGUUAGUUUUUUUUGCAAUCUCUUUUUUCUCUUCCGAGUAGUUUUACAUCAAUCUUUUGCCAAAUGAUCAAAGUAGCGAUUUGAAUAUAGUAUUUAUAAUUUAUAAAGUAAAAACUCAUUUCACACUUUUUCUCGCAUUAAAAAGGCUGUUAUUUCACAUUCAUCGUAAAGAUGUUAAUACGAAAACUCACAAAAUACUUUUUUAUUGUGAUGCAUACGUACGAAAGUACUGUUUUUAUCUUAAAAAUCUAUUGAUUUAUUAAUGUUACAAUUGGUAAUUCAAAAUAUAUAGGACUUAUAUUAUGCAAGAAUACCAAAAUUGCACCAAAAGAGAAACUGGGAAGCUUCCAUAAAAUCGUUAUUCUUUUUACCUGCUUAAAAAAAAAGAAAACAUUUUUAAGCUCGAGUUACAUAAAUUACAGUUUUGAUAAUUAAUUCGUACUUUUAUACUGUGUAUCUAAAGCAUACGAACAUUCCGCUGAGUACAUUAAUUUUUAAUAGAUUUACCAAAUAUCUUGAUAGUCUUUCAGGUCAGUAGACUUUAUAAAUUUUGCGAAAAUCUCAACCCAUAAUUUAAAUGAUUGAAAUUAGUAACUUACAAGAGAAUCUCCUAUGGAAUAAAAUAUCUUACAGUACAGAAGUUUUUGCGAUUUAUAAUGAGAAGCUUCCGUACAUUCUCCAGUGCUACCUUCACCAAAGAUGCGCCUCCUGUUAUUAGCGUUAACAAUUAUUAGUUAUAUUUAAGUCAAAGUUUUAGUUUUAAAUUGACGAAAUGCCUUAUAUAACGAAUAUAAUAAUCUUAGGUACGGUCGCAUAAAUUUUUGCGUACCCAAAUAUUGUAUCAUGAAUAUUUUUGCGUUCUACGCUAAUUUUAUCAGUGCCGUACCUCCAUAAGAGAGAUUGAAAAAACUUUUCGUUCGCACGCCAAAUUUGUAUAAAUAUUAUACCGUAAGCAACAAUUUGUUUGCUCUCUAUUUUUGAUAUAGCCUUUACUUCAAGCCUAGCCCAUGUAAAUUAUAUUUUAAUUUUUUACACUUUCAUAAUUCACAUGGGUUUGCAAAACCUUUUCCUUUCCCUCGUUCAAAGAGGGCAAGUGUUAUAAGGUAUAAAUUUGUAAUUUGAAGCAAAGUUGAUCUUGGCCAAAUGGGGCUAUGAAAAUGGAAUAGAGUAAGCGAUCUGCGAGCGAGAGAAAUGGUGAAAUAAUAUGAUUUACAUUUGUUUGUUUGGUUUUUUAGUCGAAAAACACGAAGUUCCGUAUUUUCGUAGCUUGUAUAUAAACAACAUAUGUAUAAAUUUGAGUGAGCUUGUUGAUAUAGUUUUACUAACUUGCGAUUCCUUAUACUGUCGAUUGUCAUAUCAAAACAUAUCGAAAUAAAAAUUGUUUGUAGUUCA